AUGUCUAUGCCUUUACACAAAGACCGACAUGGUAUUUCGAUAUCAUUUGGUACGAACUUUCUCGGUCCAUUCCUGUUUACGACGGAACUUCUUCCUCUUCUAAAGAAGACAGCCCGGGUGGCACCCGGAGUGCGGGUUGUCAAUAUCUCUUCUAGGGUCCACCUUGCCCUUCCUUCCGGAGUGCAAUUCAGCUCUCUAGAUGACUUCAACCGAGACUUUGGCUCCGAUGAUGACCAUCAAAGCAACCGUCUUCGCUAUGGUCUCUCUAAACUCGCCAUGGUGCUCUUUUCAAAGGAACUACAAAGACAGGCAGAUGAAGAGGGCCAAUUGAUGCUGUCCACGAGUAUGCAUCCUGGUGGUGUAAAGACCGACGGAGUUACAAGGUACUUUGGCGAGGGUAACGACCGACUCAAGGAUCUCUUGACACCUAUGGAUGGUGCUUUGACUCCGAUAUUUGCCGCUGCUCACCCGUUGCCCUUGAUCGAGAAGGAAAAAUACGGAGGAGUGUAUUUGGUGCCCUUUGGUAAACUUGGUGAAACUUCAGAGGAUGGGAGGAACGGACAGCUGGCAAAAGACUUGUGGAAUACAAGUGAACAGGUCCUAAAAGAUGUCCUGGCCGCAAGACUGUGA